CAAAUACUUCUGGCAGUUUCUUUAUUUUCUCCAACCACCAAAAAAAGAAAGAAAAAGAGCCUAAAAUGGUAUCCGAAAAGAGGGCUGAACUUCCUCCUGGUUUUAGGUUUCAUCCAACUGAUGAGGAACUAAUCAUAUAUUAUCUCCGAAACCAAUCAACUUCAAGGCCUUGCCCAGUCUCUAUUAUCCCAGAAGUUGAUGUUUAUAAGUUUGAUCCUUGGGAAUUACCCGAGCGGGCGGAUUUUGGAGAAAAUGAAUGGUACUUCUUCACCCCGCGGGACAGGAAGUACCCGAACGGUAUUCGACCUAAUAGGGCAGCCGUUUCGGGUUAUUGGAAAGCUACGGGCACGGAUAAGGCCAUCUAUAGUUGCUCUAAAUAUGUUGGUGUAAAGAAGGCUCUUGUGUUCUACAAAGGUAAACCACCUAAGGGUAUAAAGACUGAUUGGAUCAUGCAUGAGUAUCGCCUUAAUGAAUCACCUUCACAACCGCCCAAGCAAAACAGAUCCAUGAGGCUGGAUGAUUGGGUGUUAUGUAGAAUUUACAAAAAGAAGGUUGUGGGAAAUAAAGCUAUUGAGAUGGUGAAAGGUGAAGUGGAUACCCAAACCCAAACCCAAACUCAAACCCAAACCCAAACCCAAACCCAAACCCAAACCCAAACCCAAACCCAAACCCAAAUUGCACCCAAUUGUGAG